AUGGUGGAGCUUUCACAGCUACUCGCGAAACUUCCAUUGAUGAUAAUGCCAGCAAUGUGUCACACAGCUUCAAUUUGGCUGACACUGGCUUUGGCCGUACAAAGAUACAUUUAUGUGUGUCACGCUCCCAUGGCCCGGACAUGGUGUACAAUGCCGCGCGUGAAACGCUGCACCAUUUACAUAACAUUAGCUGCCUUUCUACAUCAAAGUACGCGAAUAUUUGAUCGCAGCUAUCAGGCGCUGACAAUUGAGUGGAACGGCCAAAUGGUGGAGGUGUGUCAUGUCGACAAUGCCCGUUGGGUGCAAGAGUUUGUGGGUGAAGAUCUCUAUUACACAUUCUUCUUUCUCUUUCGGGUGCUGUUCGUCCAUUUGUUGCCCUGUAUAAUACUAGUCACCCUCAACAUCCUACUAUUUCGGGCAAUGCGCAAAGCCCAGGAGCGAAGAAAAUUACUGAUAAGUGAAAAUCGCAAAAAGGAGUGUAAGAAACUGCGCGAAAGCAACUGUACCACCCUAAUGUUAAUUGUCGUCGUCACUGUGUUCCUAAUCGUCGAAAUCCCCAUAGCUGUGGUCACAGCCAUGCACAUUGUUUCGUCGCUGACAAAUAAUUUUCUGGACUAUGAGAUAGCCAAUAUUUUUAUUACUUUCACCAAUUUCUUUUUGGUUGUAAGCUAUCCGAUUAAUUUCGGCAUUUAUUGCGGCAUGUCGAGGCAAUUUCGUGAAACAUUCAAGGAGAUUUUCCUGGGGCGUAUGGUGGAGCCGCAUUCGCGCUACUCCAUUGUCAAUGGACCACGCACCUGCACCAAUACCAAUGAAACGGUCAUCUAG